AUGAAGGGUGACCAUCUCGUGUCCUGGGCCUUUCUGCUGGUGGCCUCUGGCCCACUGCUGGCCCACCCCGUCACAGAAUCCGAGGAGAUGCCCUACCCAGGACCCGUGUCAGCCGAGGACGGAGGAGUCGGCGCUCUGGAUGAUCUGUCUCUCGCCGAGCAAAACUUCCCCUCCCGGGAUGCUGCUGGUCUCAGAUAUUCCCCUCUGAUAUCUGGGGAGUAUAACAAAGAUGGCGUUAGAACGGGCCUGCUGCCCAGGGGGAUGAAACGAGAGGUCCUACUGGAGAAACAAAGCCUCCUAAAUCCUUUCAGCCGCCUGUUUGGCAUCCGGAAGCAGUUCAGGAAGAGAGCAGGGAAUUCGGAGUGUUUCUGGAAGUACUGCGUCUAAAAAGUACACACAGACACAAAGUCAGUCACCGUGCAGGUAGCGCUGUGUCUGCACAUGUGUAUGUAACCA